AUGGCGGAGAUCCUUGAAGUUGGCAGCCCGACCGACGUCGUGAGUGACAUGGAUGCUGACCAAGGUGAUGUGGCUAGUGAAGCUGGAGGAGUUGGGGAAGUGUGCAUGGAUGAUGCACAAAGGCCACCGAAUGGGGAUGAUCUUCCUGCUCCACCUCCGGCAACACUUGUUGAAGCUGCAAGAAGUAAGAAGCGUGAACGUGAUCGGGGUGCUCGGGAUAGAAUUGACACCAAACAAGAAGAAGAGGAUGAGCAAAGUCCCACAAAACGGCCACAUGAACGGGGCGAUGGUGAUCUUCCUCUCACGGGUCGAGAACUUCGUGACCUUUUUGCCCAACACCUCUUCUCGGUCAAACAAGAAAUGCAGUCAGCAUGGGGCGAUGUUUGUGGAAGAAUGGAGACCAUCGAAAAGCAUCAGACCUCCACCAAGGAAAGCCUGGCAGUGAUGGGUGGACGUUUGACAAUCACGGAGAAGGACAACGUUCUUCAACAGACUGAGCUCGCGAAACAUAAAGACCAAAUACAGGGGCUGGAAUCGGCAGUGGAAGACCUUAAGAACCAGCUCGAGGAGAUUAAGGUUCGUGGAGAUGGUCCUGGUGAAGGAAUGGCACCCCGUCCUCCUCUACCUGGCCCUGCCGAUGCUCGACAUCAUGAUCCUUGGGCUCAGUACUUGCACCGUCGACAACAGCAACAACACCUUCCUGGGCGACAUGAGUGGGCGAACUCUUCUGACCACGCAAAGGACAAUCAAGGGAGACGUUUCUUCAUGAAGGGAGGUGAACCUAAUCAGGAUGGCCUGUCCGAUGAAGACAAGAGGGCAUUGAUCAUUGGUGGCUGGGCACAGGACACCAAGAAGGAGAUUAUCGAGAAUGAAGCUGCUGAACUCCUUCAGAUGGACUCCAUCAAACCCCUCCUUGACGUGGAUCGAGUGACAGUGUUUGGUCCGAGAAAGAGCUUUGCCAUCAUUCGCUUCAAAGAACGUGAGGGCGAGAACUACUACCUGGUCAAAGAGAGGAUGUGGGGAGUGAUCAAAGCUGUCAGUGCACUCAAACACGUUUGGCCUAGCACGAGACAGGGUUCGCAAAAGCCAGCUUGGACUUCUUUCUUGAAAUCUCGCACGGCAAGACAAAGGUCGGCGCAUGUUUCCAUGCUUCGUCGAGUUGCCUUUGAUCUUGCAGGUGAUGCCAAGUCUUCAGAAGGUGCACCCCUCGUCCCAGAUGCCCUCGUGAGCGAUAACUACGACGUUGAUUGGUCAGCUGGGACGAUAUGGAGGCAAGAUUGGAAGUUGGGCAGCGCUACACAUCGUCAACCCAAGGGAGAUGUCAAGAUCAUGACAGGAGGCUGGGUUGAUGUUGGAGCGAUGGCGAGCGCAACAGGGUCGACGCCCACCAAGGUCAUCUCGGCCUUGGAAAGGGAACUCAACAUGAUACGGGAUGAAAAUGGCAAAGAUGCUGACAAUGGCGUGUGUGAAAAACACAUCCGACUUAAGGUGGCUUCUUGGAAUUUGGGAGGCCAACCACUGGACAAAGUGAACAAGGCGUGUCCGGAGGGUGACUUCUUCUUUGUGCAGGAGAUUGCAAGACGAGAGCCUGGAUGGAAAACCGAUGAUAAUGACAAAUGUGUGUGGGUGUCUUUUCAACAUCGUGAACAGUGGAGAGGCACUGCCAUUGGAGUUGCCAAUGAUCUAUUUGACUGUGUGGUUGAUCGCCGUACCUGUAGAAGGGGAUAUGCUGUUGUGGUCAAGCUCAAGAACAUCGGACGAGUUAUCCUUGCUAGCAUCCACUCCCCUACUGGGGUGACUUCCGAUGUCUAUGGUACCGCUCUUCAUGAAGUUGGGAAGAUGUUUGACAAUAAGUGGAAACAUCUCCCGUGUAUUGUGGGCAUCGACGUCAAUGAGCAAGUGAAAUGGAUACAUGACUCUGACAUGGCACAUGGAACCAGACCUGCCCUGGGGAACACAAACUUCCAACACAUGGCUGAUACGUUUGCUCAACACGGUCUUCGCGCAGUACCUCCUUGCUUGCAGCACCGUGAUAAUCCGACACAUUUUCCUCGCGACGUAGAAAGACAGGGCAGACAAAUCGAUAUGAUCUUUGGCAGACAAGUUGAUCUUCAGCCAUUCGAGAUUGAUGCAGAAAGACGCAUUGCUAUUGGGUCGGAUCAUGCUCUCCUUCUUGGUGAUGUUCAUUUCAAAACAAAGCGCAACAUCAGUGGAAUGCAGAUUCGCGACCAAGAUGGAGCCUCUUGCAAGUACGUUGAUGACGGUGAUGUUCGUGCCACUUUUCGCCUCGCCAAAGCAACCAACAACCCACAGGACUGGAAAGCUGCACAUAAAAUGCGCCGCAAAGCCCGACUGACUUGGUGUCAACUUCGUCGUGAACGUGUUCUUCGCGGAGACUGGCUUGCAUAUCGUGAUCACAAAAGGGACAAGCAGAGAAAACCAGGCUGGUGGGGCAAACUCCUUGAGGAAAAGUCCUCUGCUGAGAUCACUGGUGAUGUACAGCGCCACCCUGAGCACAAACUUCAAGGUCCGCCAAAAGAUGUUUGGGAUGACUUCAUCAAUGCCACCAUUGCAGACCUCCCUGACGAUGCGGGCUGGAAACCCUUCACGUGGGAUGAAGUUGGUGCCGCGUUGUCUGAAAUGCGGGCUAAUACCUCUGUUGGCCCUGAUGGAGUUGGGGUUGAUCUUCUCAGACACAUCCAUCAACAUGCUGACCUUGGGGGCGAUCUUGUAUCUUUGUUGAACUCCACGGUCAAGAACACGUGGGCGAAGGACAACUGGGAUACAAGCUUGCUUGCGUUGCUUGCAAAGGUUGAUUCGCCAAGCCGGGCUAAAGACUUGCGACCUAUUGCGAUGAGCUCGGCGGUGCAGAAAUGCAUUAACAAAUUGACCAUGGGGAGAGUUUUUCCAGUUGUCAGGAGACCCAGUGGGGCGUCGUGUUGUGGAGUGGGGCGGCAGGCUGCUGAUGUGAUCGGAUGCUUUACCAGAUUGAGAGACAAUACACGGGAAUGGAAAUUGCCCAUCGUGUGUGCCAAACUGGACGUUCGGGGCGCUUUUGAUAAAAUCCAUCGUAAAGCAGCUGUUCACCUCUUGCUGGAGAGGACAAGAAACCACGCCCUCAAUGCUGAAGUGAAAUGGCUAAUUCGACAACUUGGCACCAAUGUCCUGACUGGUCAAGUUCCUGGAGGUGAUCGUAUCACAGUUGAAUGUACCCAAGGGAUUAAACAAGGGGCGCCUGAGUCAGCAGAGCUGUUUGGCUUACUGAUGGGUUGUCAAAUUGAUGCCGUUCUGGAGUCACAUGCUUGGGGAGAACUAUCUUGUCCUUGGGGUGAUGUGCCGCUUACCCUUCUCUUCUAUCAAGAUGAUGUGUUCGUGUGGGAUGAAACAAUUGGUGGCCUUGAGAAACGGAUCAACUCUGUUGCCAGAGCACUCAAGCUGAUUGGUCUGGAACUGGCUGAGGAAAAAACGCAGGUCAUAGCUUCGCCGUUCUACACUGGACCCAGGAGCUUGCACAUUGGAGAACAAUUGGUUCUUGUCCAACCGCCCGGUACACAAAUACGAGUUGUUGGGGUGAACUUCUCCUUCCAUGAUGGCACAGGGCAGCAAGCCAAAGAUCUUUUGGCUAAAGCCAAAGCUGCUCUCGCCUACCACCUUGAUCUUUUGACCGAGUCUGGACCAUGGGGGGAUAAAGCUCGUCUUCUUCAAACACUUGUGUUUGGUACAUUGUCGUGGUGUGCAGGGGCAGUGCACUGGAAUGCUGAAGACUUGGCUGUUGCAAACAGUAUUCAAUGUACUGCGCUCCGACGUGCCUUUCAACUUCGGCGAAGACCGGCAGAGUCGUGGGUAACACGAACUUGUCGCCAAGUCAGAGCUUGGAUUCAUGGUCAGGGACUCAAACGUUGGUCCACGAUCAUCCUUGAACUGCAGUUCGGUCUGUACGGCCAUUGGGGGCGACAAUCUGAAGGAGUUGAUGAACUUGGGGAGCCGUGCCCUGGCAAUCCUUUGCGCAUGUUGCGAUGGCGUUCACAGAAGUGGUGGCGAUUCCAAAAAAGUCUUUCUGAUAAAGUCGGAGCUAGACAUCCAGGUUGUUUCUAUGCUGACAGUACAGAGCGUAAGUUUGCUGACAACAUUGACCUGAACUGGGAAAAGUGUACGAAAGAUCGAGUUGCAUGGCGAGCACGAUGUCAAGAAUGGGUUGCUAAACUUGUUGUCAAAUGGGCCCGAGGGAGGCAAACUGCCAUUCGUUGGUAA